AAGGCGACCACGAUAUAGCUCAAAUUCGAACCCUGGUGCAUCAUGCAGAUCAGCGCAAAGAUAGUCUGAUGUUCAAAAACCGUAAAGCUGCGCAGCUGAGACAGACCUCACACCAUACCGUUGCAGAUGAGCGCGAAGGCGGCAAGGGAGCAAGAUAUCAUUGCUGGUAAUCGUAUUCGUGGCAGGGGUCUAUCGAUUAUAGCAAUGGCGGCCAGACGGACAAGCACGCUGCGCCCACUGGAUCGAUUGACGGGCAUGCUCUUCAUCCUCAUAUCGAUUGGCGAUCGCCGCACUUCAGCUGCCAUCGACUCUUCUCGUACACCGCGCUCUUAUGGCUUAUUCCCUGCAACGAGAGGCUUUCAAUAGGAAUGUCACCGUCCUGCGUAGGCGUCAUGUCACCUAGAGCUUGACCUUCGACUCAUUAGAGUCAUGCCAGCUUCAAAACAGAAGCGA